UUGUUCGUACUAUUGACGAGGAUGAGGAAGAGGAGGAAAUCCCCUUAGUUCGGAAAAACAGUUAGCGUUAUAUAGUCAGUGGGGAGAGUAGUGACAUUCCUUCUCCAGCUUUGUUUGCUCUUGUUGGUCUGCAAGAAUUAUCUCUGGCAAAUUUUGAUCAGGCUCUCGAGGAUGUGGUCCCUGAAGAUCUGAUGUCCGAGCCGACAGAUGGUGGUAUGAUGGAUGUUUGCGCUGAUAUGCCUGAUGUCGGUUUAGAGUUAUCCCGAGCAGCGUCUCGUGCCUCAUCGACCUUGGAGCGUGGUCUUAAGAGUCAAGAGGCUGAUCUAGAUUGCUCUGUUCCCAUGGAAGUGGCUGAAAAUCCUUCAGCCUUAGAGGUGGCUACUGCAGAGAACCCGGUCCCCAAGGAUGGCGCCAGCAUUUACCCAGCCCCUGAGGGUGUUGCCGGUAAUGAUUCGGCUCGGGUGGGCAGCGCGAGCUAUGACCCAGCCCCCAAGGGUGUCCGAGCGGGUUCCCCUUCUCAUACUUCUAUGGAUGUCCACGUCGGGUCUUCUCCUCCACAUUCUGAUUGCAUGGCAGCAGCACAUGCUUUGGGUCAGGAAGUCGCCUUAGAGGCUAGCGCACCUGAUGCUAGAGUUUUGAUUCCUGCUGGUGAUGUUGAGUUGGUCCCCAAUGAUGCUCUGCAGAUUGCCUCGGUUGAUAAUCCUUCGUCAAGUCACCAACUGUCUUCCCAUGAUUUGGGGCUUCCUUCGUUUUUCUCCAAUCUCCAGGUAAUCUGGCUUUUCCCGAUCUGGCUAUACUCCUGGUGAAAUACUGUCUUUGUACUCAUUUGUUUUCAAUGUCAGGCUUUGGUUGACGAGAUGGCUGGUCAGCUGAGAUCGCAGGGUGCCUCUGUCUCGGAAAGAGCUCUGUCUCUAACACGUUGGAAUCUAGUGCUGCUUCAGCAGCGGGUAUGUGAUUUGGAGAUGGCAAAUGCUGGUUAGUGCCCUUUGUUUCUUUCUUGGCUACUUAAUUAAUCUGCUUUUUGGCUGAAUAUCCUUGUUUGACCGUUUCUUGCUAGAUAUGACCCGGUGGUACUCUGAUCUUGAGGAGAAAUAUUCUCAAGGUCAGUCGGAUUUGGCCCGGGUUUCUGCUUCUCUGAAUGAUGCCAACAUGCUGAAUUCCUCUCUCAAUGCUCAGCUUGACUCUGAAAAGGAGGAAAAACAUGCCCUUGCAACUUCUUGUGACAACCUUGACAAGUUGUAUCGCGACGCCAGCAAUUCUUUGACUAUCUUGGAGAGGAGCCAUCGCUUUACCAUGGCAGACUUGGAUAAUCAUCGUUACAAGCUUCAAGAGUCCCUGGAUGAACUCAUUCGUGUUAGGCAAUUGGUGUCAGGCAAAGAUUCUGUCAUCAAGGAUCUGCGUGCUUCUAAAAGAUCAGUCGUCCAGGAGCUAGAAGCUGCUCGGCUGACUGUCAGGACUGCUAAAGAUACUUCCGCUACUUUGAAGGCCCAGCGCGACAAGGCUAUGGACAAAGCCAUUCGCGUGGGGCGAAUCUUGAUGAGGAGACCCAGUGUGAUUGUUCCUGACGACAUAGUUGCAGAUGUCAAUGCUGCUCCUGAUUCUUCGAGUCUCCCCUCUUCAUCGGUCGCUCCUGAGAAAAACAUUACCAAGUAGAAACAAUGAAUGCAUUGUGUACGUGGUUAGUGUGCUCGAAUAUUCUGUCAGAAAGUGUUUUCAGUACUGAAUGCAAUUAUUAUUUUCCUGUUGCUAGAAUCCAACAGUAGUUACAAUUGCA